AUGGACCCCUCCGCCUGUCGAGUGAUAUACAUUGACGAAAGAUUCAACACGGAAAGAUGGAUUUCUAGAGAGGGGCUGUCUCCUACAACGCCCGCAAGAGCAGGUUCGCAGGUGGAAUUCUCGGACCUGCCCCUCGACCUACAAACCAACGUCAACGCCUUUCUGACCGUCUUCAAUCAGGUGUAUGUAUGUAGCUCUGGAAGGGCGUUUUCCACAAAGUUGUCCGAACUUCACGACCAGGUCAAGCUCGACUGUACCCCGAUUCUCGCCUGUAUCGACGUUGGCUCCGAGUCCAAGCAUGAGCACACAAAGGCCAAACCGAGAUUCUUUCCGUCGUCCGACUCGCCAUUACCGUCCCCAAGCUUGCUGAGGAAGGAGAUCACCUUCUCCUCCGAAUCCGACGAAUCAUACGGUCUUCAACUUUUGUCUCGAAUAGCGUCCGACCUACAAGUUGAUGAAGGUGUCAAGUUGAUAAUACCGGUGGCAAUUGUGUCCCGCGCACCAUUUGGCCCGGAGUCCAAGCCCGUCGCAAUCCAAGACAAGUCCGAUAUUAUCGAUGCUCAAUUAAUGUUACAGUGUCUGGAUGCUGGCGCGCUGGACGUGGUAAAGAGCCCAUUGGACAAGGCUGGGAUAAUGGGUCUGACAGUCCAUGCUUACCGAAUAUACAAAAAUGCGAAAAAGGAGCAGGCAGGCUUCAUGGCCAUGGCGCGGAGGAAUCGCAAGCAAUCAUGGGUGGGUAUGGAAGAGGAGAAACCCUAUGCUUAUCUUCGAGAGGCCAUGGUGAAGAAGCUGCUCAAGGGAAUCUGUGAACCGCAAAAUAUCAUCGAAGACUACCAGCAUCGUGACCUGUAUGUGCAAGAGUCGCGAAAAGAGGCUGUUGCAGAAGCUGUUGGCCGCUGGGACUUUUCUGGACACGACUUUACAGAGGAUGAACUCGUCUACGCUGGUUAUUUUAUGCUCAACCAUUGCCUUCAGAUGGAAGAGUGUGAGCAAUGGAGCAUGAAUCAACGCGACCUCCUUCACUUCAUGCAAGGCUGUCGCAUAGCAUACAAUUCUUUCGUCCUCUAUCACAACUUCAGGCACGCUGUCGACGUCUUGCAAUCGGUGUUCUACUUCCUCCUCCAAAUAGGUACCCUGCCACCGUAUCCUGCUGGCGCCCAGCCAUCUCGUUUUGCAGACAAGAAAUCACCAAUUGCCCGCUUAUUAGGACCCUUUGAAGCUCUGACCCUCUUGGUCUCGGCAAUUGGACACGAUGUCGGUCACCCUGGGGUCAACAACAUGUUUCUGGUCAAAUUAAACGCACCUCUUGCACAACUGUACAACGACCAGUCCGUUCUGGAGGCCUUUCAUUGUGCGGCUUACUCUCAGAUUCUCCGACGCCACUGGCAUGCUGCAUUUCUGGACAAGGCUCUUCGGAAAUUGAUGAUCAGUACCAUCCUCGCGACGGACAUGGGUAUCCAUUCCGACUACAUGCAACAACUGGGCAACUUACAGGAGAAGAUUCACGAAAGCGGAGUGACUGAUGGAUGGUCCCCAAAAGACAUUGAUUGGGCGCGGACCUUGACUUGUGGAUUGUUGAUUAAAUGUGCUGACAUCAGCAACGUGGCGCGACCGUGGUUGGUGGCAGAGAAAUGGACCCAUUUACUACAGAAGGAGUUUGCCCAUCAAGGCGAAAUGGAGCAAGCCGUUGGAAUGGAGACGACACUCUUCGGCGGUCCGCCCGAGUUGGGCAACAUGCUGAAGCUGGCUAAUGGUCAAAUUGGCUUCAUGACCAUCUUUGCACAUCCGCUUUUUGCGAAUGUUGCCGACAUAAUUCCGGCCAUGCGGUUUGCCGCCGACGAGAUCCUCACAAACAAAGGCGUUUGGUUUACAAGAGCCGAGCACGAAAAGAAACUGCAGCUCAUCAAGAAGGGAACAGGGCAUGGUGAUGGUGGUUCAAUAAGCCCCAGAACUCAAAGCCCCGUCGGCCGAACGCAGGACUAUGGGAAGGAGAAGCACUUGCCAACUUCACCGCUCCGGGGUCGAGACGGGUCGCCAGACAAGCCUCACUCUGAAUCAGGACGUGGCCGGAAGAGUGGUAACACUACUCCACAGAACAGCUCUAGGCGGUCCUCGUUAGCAGCUGCGGCAGGCAUAGCUAUUUCGGCUGCUGAAGGAACCCCACGUCGUGGAUCAGCCUCGAAGCCCAACCAGAAUUUGAAGUUGUCAGAGCGGGAGCGGUCGGGAUCGGCGCUCGUCAACGGUGAACACAUUCCAAUGGAACUUACGCUAGAUGGCUCCCGCGGUGGUGAGAGAAAUAAUGACACCAACUCUAGCGGCACUCCGAGGCUAGCAUCAACAGCAAACGACGUCGGUGCAGAGUCUUUACAACCCCUCAAUGACAAAAGAAGAGACAAUGCAGUAUCAAUGCGUGCAGGGACAGAGGCCAUUCCACAGGAGGCUCUUGAACAGAGCAACGUAUCAGAUGCAGAGGCAAUGCAAAAAUUCAAUUUUGCCACCUCGAAGAAGGAUGAGCCAGUGCGGACGUACGAUCCCCAACAACAGUACAAUCCUUCACAUCCUGGUCUACGCGCAAGCGCACCAGCAAGCGACGUGGAGUCGAAAAAGCCUAAAGUCGACGCGAUCGACACGUCACCACCAGCGAGAUGGGCCCAGAGCGACAACACGUCGAGCGCUAUUCUGAGAGGAGGCGGCGACAAGAGCGAAGAAUUGAUAAGACUUCGAAACAGUCUUCAAGCCAUACGCAACCGGGCACAUGGGGAGUAA